UUAGUUAUAUUUUUUUUUUCUAAACCAAAGGGAUUAAUGAGCAUGUUUGAAUAAUCAUGAAAUUCCAAUUAUCAUCAUCAUAACCCAUAUCAAUAUAUUCAAAUCAAAACACACCCUUCUCAACCUUCCAUUUCAAUUUACACACAAAAAAACAUCAUACUAUGAACUCUAAUCCCAAAAAAUCACAACCACCAUUAUCACCACUCUCAUUACUAAUUCUCACCCUCUCCUUGUUCUUAUUAUUGCUACCAUGUACAUCCUCAACAAACGCCAAUUUCCAACACCAAUUCAAAGAAGCACCUCAAUUCUACAAUUCCCCAAAUUGCCCCUCCAUUGAAGACAAUAACUACAUAUGCUCUGAUGAACUAGUUCAUGUUGCAAUGACACUAGACAAGACAUACAUACGAGGUUCCAUGGCAGCAAUCCUAAGUGUCCUUCAACACUCUUCAUGUCCACAAAACAUCUUCUUCCAUUUUGUUUCUUCAACAAAAUCCAACUCAUCAUCACUCUUACACACCACACUCUCAAAAUCAUUCCCAUACCUCAAAUUCAAACUCUACAAUUUCAGCGACGAAUUAGUCUCUGGCCUGAUUUCAACGUCAAUUCGCUCCGCCCUCGAUUGCCCUCUAAACUACGCAAGAUCCUACCUCCCAACCGUUCUCCCAACAUGCGUGAAAAAGAUCGUCUACCUCGACUCCGACCUCGUACUAGUCGAUGAAAUUACGAAACUAGCCUCCACCCCAUUAAACAAGGAUCAAGUUCUUGCAGCACCGGAAUACUGCAAUGCAAACUUCACAGCUUACUUCACUCCCACGUUUUGGUCCAACCCUUCGCUUUCGCUAACGUUUGCGAAUCGAAAAGCUUGUUACUUCAACACUGGGGUGAUGGUGAUUGAUCUUGAGAAAUGGCGGGAAGGAGAUUACACAAGGAAGAUAGAGGAAUGGAUGGAGCUUCAAAAGAGGAUGAGAAUCUACGAGCUUGGAUCGUUGCCGCCAUUUUUGCUUGUUUUCGCGGGGAAGAUCGGAAGUGUGGAUCAUCGGUGGAACCAGCAUGGGCUUGGUGGAGACAACUUUAGAGGUUUGUGUAGAGAUCUUCAUCCUGGGCCUGUGAGUUUGUUGCAUUGGAGUGGGAAAGGGAAGCCAUGGGUGAGGCUUGAUGCUAAUAGACCUUGUCCUUUGGAUGCUCUUUGGGCACCUUAUGAUCUUUUGAUCACUCCUUUUUCUUUGGAUUCUUGAUCAUCAUCAACAAAAUUGUUUCUUUUUA